AUGUCUUCAGGUGAGAGGGAUGAGAUCAUCUUCGGCUUCACCGAGAAGGAGGUCAAGUUCCUUAUCAUGAGCCUCAAGUGUAUUGAGACUCACGGAAACCGCCGAUUCCUGAACUGUGCCCGCCUUGCCCGGCUUACAGGAUACUCCAGCGCCGACGCCUACAAGUACUACAUGGACCAACUGCUCCAAAAGGUCAUCGCGCUGCCUCCCGUCGAUUUGACCCGCGGCGGCGACGACCAGAAGCACGAUGACACCGCCACGGCUGCUGCAACUGCCUCGCAGGUCCCUACACCUGCUUCUGACCAGGACGGCAAGGCUGGCCCUUGCGACGGCCGGGAGGAUAAGAAGGAGAUGGAAAAGGCGAGCGACUACAAGGGCAUCGAUGACGGCAUGGACGGUGCUGGCGGCGACCCGGAGGAUGAGAAGGAGCUGAAGGCUCUGGGCAAUGCUUAUGCCUGGGACUGCUAG